UAAUAUCCAAUCUGUGUCUGCCUGUAACGAAACAUGUCUAGUUUCCUUUUGGCUAUUUUCAUUUUAAUGGCGCUUAGAACCUCAGAGUCUUCUGAAACUGCAAACCCACUUGGAAACGAGCCCGAUCCAUUAAAUAUGAAGCUGGUGGAUCCCAUGGCAGCAGGAGAAUCACCUAACAGGAUGAUUAAGGAUCAGAAAGAUAUAGGCCUUAAGCCAACUAGCAGUAGCGAAGAGCUCCGGAAAUUGCCAAAAGCGCGAGGUCGACAGAAGAGAUUCAUUCGGAAUCCAAACUAUGUGAAAGCUAACGAAUUCUUUGAUAAGAUGAUAAGCAGUGAGUACGUAAGUAAGCGGUAUAAGGAUCUUCCGCCGCCUCACCCGGGAUUUGGAGAGGAACAACCGCCAGCAUGAACAUAUAGCCAGUGGAAUCUGCGAAAUUUUCCUGUUGGCACAUCACAUUAUAGCCCAUAUAAGGGUGUCCAUAACGACUGGGAAAUUGCCAAAGUAAACAGUAUCAGCUCCACGGAUUCCCAAUGCAAAUAAACACAAAGCACAAUAAAUCGAAUUA